UACCCUUGUAGUGUUUUCUUUCCGAGUAUGAUGCCUUACCAACGCCCUAUUGCAUAGUAUCUGACGUCACAAAGGUAUCUGGAUACCGCCUACAAUUUGAAAUAGUAUAUAAGGUGAACUUUACUAGGAACAUGCACAGUUUAUCUCAAAACCGUUAGCAACACAGACCACAAUGUUCAAGCUGGUGGUGUUGUCCGUAACUCUCGCCCUAGCGGCGGCGUCGCCCAGCGGCCUCCUCGGCCUGGGUCUUGGUUGGGGAGCUCCCUGGGGAGGUCACUGGGGAGGACCAGUAGCCGCUCCCUUGGCUGCAGUGGCUCCCGCUGCAGUGGUAGCGCCAGCUGCGGUCGCCGCGGUCGGCCACGGCGCUUACAACUACAGAGGACCACUGUCGCUCGCCCCCGGUCAGCCCGCUAACAUCUUGGCCGCUGACGGAAGGCCCCUUGACACCCUCAGCGUGAAUUUGGACCGCGCCGCUCACUACACAGCGAGGGCUGUCGAUGGAGGAUUGCACGUUCUGAAGAAGCGCUCAGUGUUGGCCGCUCCCGCUGUCGCCUGGACCCACGCUGCCCGCGUUGGAUGGCCCGGUGCCCGCCUAGUGGCGCCCGCUGUCGCCCCCGUGGCCGUCGCUGCUGCCGCUCCUCUUGCCGUUGCGCCUUGGGGGGGACACGCGGCAGCUUGGGGCGUUGGACACGCCGCUCGUUGGGGACACGGUUGGUGAACGAAAUUCGAUGAAUUAGGCUAUCAAAAUUAAUAUAUGGAAUGAAUAAAGAGAGUUACCCGAAUUAA